AUGGCAGCAGAUCCCGAACUGUGGUUCACACAAAUCGAUGGACUUCUGCUCGUUAACCGCAUAACUUCAGAUGUUUCAAAAUUCUACAACGUAAUCGCUGCCUUGGACACCGACACAUUACGCCAAGUUUCUGACAUCGCCAAAAAUCCGCCGGAAUCAGGCAAGUAUGACAAGCUUAAAGAGGAACUAAUAACUCGCUUCGGCAUCUCUAAGGAAAAACGCCUCCUGAAACUACUCUCCGGCACGGAUCUUAGUAGCGGCCAAAGACCUAGCCAGCUCCUACGAGAAAUGCAGGAUCUUGCGGGCUCAACAAUGCAUCGCGAUGAACUAACAACCUUAUGGCUACAACGUAUGCCCGACAACGUCAGGUGCAUAUUAUUGUCAUGCAAAUCAACAGAUCCGGAGGAGAUAGCGAAAAUAGCAGACAAAAUAGUCGACAAUACACCAACAAACGUAUACGAAUUAGACUCGUCUGUAAACUCCGCAUCUUGCGACGCAAUCAAGAAACACAAACCGCAAAAGUUCGAAGCAAGAGUCACGGCGUUGGAGGAAUCGAUGAAUCAAAUUGCUUUAAAACUCAGUGAGCUGUCCACUAACACAAAGGGCGAAACAUUAUACCAUAACGCACAAUCUUCACGUUUCGCUAGCCAAUCGACUUCCAGGCGCUCGAACCAAAAAGUCUGUAAAUACCACAUUCGCUUCGGCAAAGCAGCCUUCAAAUGUACACCACCAUGCGAGUUCAUAAAUACGACAAACUCCAAAAGUGCGGGAAACUAG